AUGAGCGGAGUUGAUGAUGAGGAACUUCCAUAUUCAGAUGAUGAGCUUAAAAGGGAACACUCGGAGGGCUGGUUUGAUGUCGAUGUGUGGUCCGUGAUUGUUGAUUUUGAUUUCAUAGCAUUCGAGGAUUACAGACCGUCAGAGAAAGGAUUUGCUGUUGCUACAAGAAAAAAAUAG